AUCACAACACGUUACUCACUCGUUUUCUUUUACUGUUUCGCACCCUCACUUACUCGUCGAUUAGAUACGUCAUUCGUCAAUCAACGUCAUCGGCAAGCUACCCACCGUCACUCAUGACGCAGCCGUAAUGCCGAAUUUAUGGACAAGCCUCUUUGCAUUCGUGACCGGCCAAUGGGAUCUCAUAACCCCAGAUUCGAGAGGCAGCUCGCCUCGCGAUGAGUCUGUCCGCAAUGAACCCAGCUGGCAUCAGUACGUUCGGGCGAGCGAGUCGAGAACAAUGUACCCUGCGCGGGUGAUCGCCGACCUCACCCGCGGCGACGUCGCCAAUCCAUCGGGAUUAAUCAAUGGCGAGGGCGGGCCAACUGUCUUUACUCGUGGUUCGGCAGGAGAUGAGGCCCCCUCCGUAACCGUUGACUUUGGUCAGAACACUGUGGGUAUUAUUUCGAUCUCCUUUGCCGGGUCGUCUACGACUACUUCUUCUGCCGGUGGAACCGCGGGUCACGAAAGUGAAAGAAAAGACCAGGACGGCAGACCUGGUAUCAGACUGGCCUUCUCCGAGACGCUGCAGUUCCUAAGUAACGUCAGCGACUUUUCUCGCUCCUACAACGGGGAUACAAUCACCCCAGGCAGCGACCAAAUCGCAGUCAACAAGGACGCCUACACCUGGACGGCAAAACACGGCUGCCAGUACCCCACAAAAGACAACAGCAAAGGCCAAGUCUGCGCAGACGGCCUCCACGGCUUCCGCUACGUCCGCAUCUACCUCGACGCCCUCCCCUCCGACGCACCACACACCCUCCCCCAAGGCGAAGUCACCAUCUCGUCGCUAUCCCUAGCGCUCUCGGCCUACCACGGCACGCCCGACACCUUUAAAGGCUGGUUCGAGUGCAGCGACGAGGAGCUGACGCGGUGGUGGUUCGACGGGGUGUACACCAACGACCUGUGCGUCGACACGUUCCGCGGCGCCGAGGACGCGGAGCCCCGGGGCGCGGCGAGCGAGACGCUCGAGGGCAAGGUUGUGUUGCAUGACGCGCCGAAGCGGGAUCGGGAUCCUUAUGUUGGGGAUUUGGCGGUCGCGGCGCUGACGGGGUAUGUUUCGCACGGGGUAGGGGAGUUGAGCGAGGCGAGUAGGAAUGUGUUGGUGGAUUUGGCGGUUCAUCAGAGGGGUGAUGGGUGGAUUCCGCCCGCGAGCAUUAUGAACUACACGCUCCCCCUCUUCGAUUACCCCCUCUGGUGGGUCGUCUGCAGCCACGACUACGUCUGGUACACGGGUGACGUGGAGUACAUCUCGUCCUACUACGCCAACCUCGUCGCCGUGCUCGACGGGUGGUACGUCUCCGUCACGGACCCGGAGACGGGGCUCGUGACGAAGGGGCUCAACGGCACCUCUGGCUACGGCGACUACGCUUUCCUGCCGCGACAGGGCCCCGUGACGUACUACAACGCGCUCUACGUCCUCGCACUGCGCCGGGCCGCGGAGAUGGCGGCGGAGAUUGGAAAGAAGGGGGACGCGGAGAGGUGGGGUCAGAGAGCGGACGAUGUCGCUGAGACGCUGGCUAGGCGUAACUUUGACGAGGCGACGGGUGCGUUUUGGGAUGGGACGGGUGGGGAUGGGGCGUUUGUGGCGGCGCAUGCGCAGGAUGGGAAUAGUAUCGCCAUACUUGCCGGCGGCGUGGUCGGGACGGAGACGGCGAGGAAGAUCUUGGCGUACUACGCCGGCGUCGCCUCUCGGACGUACGGGAACGCGUUUUACGAUUCGGAUGGUGUCGGGGAGGGGUUCAGUCAGCGGGUGUACGCCUUUAUAUCCUACUUUGAGAUGGCGGCGCGGUUCGCGUCCGGGGUCGGGGAGACGGCCUUGGAGGAGAUGCGGAGGUUAUAUGGGUGGAUGACAACACAGGACCCGGGUGUUACGUUUUGGGAGGGGAUUGGCCCCGGAGGAAGGCCGUAUGAGGACGGGUUCACGAGUAUGGCGCACGGGUGGUCUACGGGGGUUGUGCCGCUUAUGAGCGGACAUGUUCUCGGGGUGAGGCCGACGGGGCCUGGGUUCCGGACGUGGAGUGUUGUUCCGGAGGGGAGUGGGUUGAGGUGGGCGAGAGGUGUUGUGCCGACGCCUGGGGGGGAGGGGAUACGGGUUGAGUGGGAGGAUUUUGGGAAGGGGGAUGGAGUGCAGUUUAGGGUUGUUGUUUGGGCUGCGAGGGGGACGAGGGGUGUUGUUGGGGUUCCUGUGAGGGCGAGGGAUGUUGUUGUGGAUGUUGAUGGGAGGGUUGUGUAUCAAAAGGUGGAAGGGGUGGUUGGCUGCCUCGGAAUACAAACCAACCAAUAA